AUUCACAUUAUUCCAACCUGUAAAGAUCCAAAUCCAAGAAGCAAACUCCACUUCCUCUCCCUCCCUUUAUCUCUCUCUCUCUCUCUCCUCUUCCGACAACGCAACUGUUAAUGCCCACCUAAUGGAUCCAACCCAUCGCCUUCUUCAGCCUAGGGGAGAAGCAGAAGCACCAUUUUCUUGCUGCUCCAUUCGCUUCUUCGGGUGGUGAGUUAUAUCUCGGCCGUGGGCGAUAGGAAGGCCUCGACCCGUGAGGCGGUAGAGACUAGAGACCGAGCGGGGAGAUGGGUCGGCGCGUUUCGUUUCUGGGUCUCUGUUUCUGGGUUUGCAUGUUCUGCUGCGGCGCCGCUAGUGCUGAUUCCCGGGGCUCUUCUGGGGAGGAGGGCACUGUCCAGGUGACUGUCUCCGUCGGGAAAAGUGCCAUUGCGGAGAUCGACGACGACUUCGUGUGCGCGACUUUGGAUUGGUGGCCUCCCGAGAAGUGCGACUAUGGAGUCUGUAGUUGGCACCGCGCUUCUCUGCUCAAUCUGGACCUCAGCAACAAGAUAUUACUUAAUGCAGUGAAGGCAUUUUCACCAUUAAAGAUCAGAUUGGGUGGUACUCUACAAGACAAGGUCUUAUACAACACUCCCGAUCUUAAACAACCCUGUACUUCGUUUGUCAAGAACAGUUCCGCUCUUUUUGGAUUCACUCAGGGAUGCCUACCCAUGGCUAGGUGGGAUCGGCUGAAUGCUUUUUUCAAGGAAUCUGGUGCAAAGAUUAUUUUUGGACUAAAUGCUCUUAAUGGACGAACAAUUUCGCCUCAAGGCCCUGCAGUGGGUGCUUGGGACUCAACAAAUGCCGAAUCUUUUAUACGUUAUACUGUCAGCAAAAACUACACGAUUUUUGGCUGGGAACUAGGGAAUGAACUGAGUGGGGGUGGAGUCGGUACAAGAGUAACAGCAAGCCAGUACGUGUCUGACACAAUCUCUCUGAAGAACUUGAUACUAGACAUUUACAAGGAUGUAGAAUCAAAGCCUCUAAUCCUAGCGCCAGGAGGAUUUGUUGACUCAAGCUGGUUCAAGGAAUUCCUGGACAACACGCCAAAAUCCUUGGAUGUAAUUACUCAUCACAUCUACAAUCUGGGAUCAGGAGCUGAUCAACACCUUGUCGAAAAGAUUCUUGAUCCAACUGUGCUUGAUGGUGAACUCGCGACAUUUAGCAAUCUGCAAAGCAUAAUCAAAAGUUCUGCAUCUGCUACUUCGGCUGUUGCGUGGGUUGGUGAAGCAGGAGGAGCUUACAACAGUGGCCGGGAUCAUGUUUCAAAUACUUUUUUAUAUAGUUUCUGGUAUCUGGAUCAGAUGGCAAUGGCAUCUACUUUUGAUACAAAAACAUACUGCAGACAAGCAUUUAUUGGUGGAAAUUAUGGUUUGCUUGAUGCGACUUCUUUCAUUCCAAAUCCUGACUACUACAGUGCUCUACUUUGGCACCGCCUCAUGGGGAGGAAGGUUCUAGGAGCAAGCUUAUCUAGAUCGGACAAGAUCCGUGCUUAUGCUCAUUGUGCAAAAGCCUCUAAAGGGGUCAUGUUGCUAUUCAUAAAUCUGGAUGGCAACUCCACUGCUGAGGUCACAGUUGUUAAUAAUGGGACCCCGAUCCGCAAUCAUAGACACUACAACUUCGGAAAAGGGAUCAUUCAGUUUCCACAAGAUUCCAACGAUGAAAACGUGAGAGAAGAAUACCAUUUGACCCCCAAGGAUGGGGAUCCGCUUAGCCGAACAGUGAUGCUGAAUGGAAACAUUUUAGCUGUGAGUACAUCCGGCGAAAUACCUGCUCUGAAUCCUAAAAAUGUGAAUUCAUCAAGUUCAAUAGUAGUUGCCCCUCAAUCAAUUGUAUUUGCUCACAUGCCAUACUACGCCAUUCCUGAUUGUAGCUGAGAGAAAGAAGGCACAAUUUGGUGGUUAUAUUCCUACCAUUGGUUAAGCAGGAGAAAUAAUAUACCAAUGUCUUUAACCUA